GCUUAUUGAGGUAAGCAUUUUCAUACAGAAAACGACCGAGAGCAGUGAAAAAUUGAAUAUGGCAACAACUAAUAAUAACACUCUGGAUGUACGCAUCUCUAAUGAUAAUGAAGAUGUAUGGGAAAUUGGCUCACCAGAUAUGAUGAGUUCAACGGACAAUACCUCGAGUGAUUCUUUUGAACAAGAUGUCAUAGAAAGCUGUUUGAGUGAUCCACAUAUAAAAGAACAUUUCAUGGAUAUAAACAAUAUAGGUGCUGGAGGAUAUGGGGCAGUUUACGAAGCAAGACACAGACUGGACAAUAGAAAAUAUGCUCUAAAGUUUGUGUUGAUUGACUUAACAAAUUUUGAAAAACGCGAAGUGGAAGUUUUGGCUUCACUGGACCAUGCAAAUGUUCUCAAAUAUCACACUUCGUGGAUAACUCAUCUCCCUAAACCUCUCUCUUAUUCUAAGACAUUUGAGGAGGAGGAGGAAGACUCUGAUUAUGGUGUGAGUUUUGAAAAAGAAGAUUCUUCAAGCAAAAAUAAUAAUGCCAUAGGUGGUUGCAGUAAGUCUGCAUCUACAAGUGGUAAAAGUUUGGAGGAAAAAUAUGAUGCCUGCUUGGUUAUCCUAACUGAACUCUGCAGCCCAGGGAAAACCCUUAAAACACUUAUUGAAUGUGGAGAUUUAUUUAAAAUGGAUGAACGAGAUAGGCAGAAGCUACUUUUGGAUAUUGUAUCUGGUCUACAGUACAUACAUGACAAUGGCAUCAUGCAUCGGGAUCUAAAACCCCCAAACAUUUUCAUUGGCAAAGACAAUCGAGCCAAGAUAGGGGAUUUUGGAUUUGCCAGGAAGUACAUAAUGUCUGAUGCAAAUGGAGCUUCUCCAACAUCUGAAAAGGACAGAGUUUGUUUCUCCAAAAAUUUGGGGACAUCUUAUUACAUUGCACCAGAAGUUGAGAACUCGACUGUUUAUGACAGAAAAGCGGACUUUUACAGUCUUGGAAUGAUACUCUUCGAGAUGUACUUUAAAAUGGGUUCUGCAAUGGAAAGAGACAGAACAAUGAAUAAACUAAGAGAACCGGACUUCAGUGAUUUGAAGAAUAUUUCCAGGAAUAUUCAGGAUGUUAUUCAAAGCCUUUUAAGUCAUGAGCCCUCCUCAAGAAUGGAAUUGGAGGUGGUUAUUGACAAGAUCAUGCAACCACUGGAGCAUCAGCAAAGUGUUGAGAAGACCAAGGUUGGAGCACAACCAGUGAAUUCUCCAGACAUGGAAUACCCAGGACCUGCCCCAAAACUUUUCCAACGACAAAUAAGUGAGCCAUGUCCUGGUGCUACUAGUGAAAACCACCAACCAGUUCAGGCUACUGCGAAGGAAUUGAACUUGUCCAAUUUGACCCAGAACUUUAAGAAAAUCCACGUAAACAAGAAAAUCCAACUUGAGGAAGACGAGUAAGCAGUCGGUGUAAUGAUGACCUGAAUUUGGGACAGAGUGACAUUGAUGAAUAAUAUGUAAAGUCUUUUUAUUAAUUGUGUAUAUUAGAUCAUAUUUAAUAUGAUAUUUAAUUGCCUGUCUGCAAACCCCCCCAACCCCCCCCCCUCAUUCUGACUACCUUUCCUGUAAAAUUCUGGAUCUAUAUAAAGUUACGGCUUCCAUGUGAGGAUAUACCUGCAUUUACAAGUAGUGACACUUAAUUAUGUUGAUUGUGGGGAUCAAUUAUUAUGUACAUGUGAAUGAAAUCACAUUUUACAUGUUAAUUCAUUGAUAUAUUACAUGUUUCUUUACAUUUAUAGUAAAUGCUAUGCUUCUCAUUUCAAAAUUAUGAUAAUUGAAUGCUUAAAUCAUUGCUUUGAAAUAUAAAUUAAAUCAUGUUUUUAUCAUGUUUUUAUCAUGUUUGUGAAUUGACUUGUCAGAUUUUUUUUAUACUUUUAAAAAAAAAGUACAAAUCUGAUCAAAAUAUGCUAACAUAUUUCCAUGAGUUUAACAUUAUCAUUCGCUUUUAAACCAUUGCUAUAAUAUGCAUUGAUAUCAUGUUUUUUCCAUGUUUGUUGAAUGAUCUAGCUAUUAGAUAGUUCAUACUUGGAGAGAAAGUUUGAUUGAUCAAUAUGGGCUUUUAAUAAUGAAACAUAUUUAUGAUUAGCUUAUUUUAAAAAAAAGGUUUAUUUUGUUAAUGUAUGGUAGCAUACAUUAUGUAAUUUGUUUGCUUACUACAUGUAGUAUUUAAAUGUAAUAAUGAUAGUGGUACUUGAGGUAUCAUAGUUUGUACAUAUACAAAAUAAGUAUUGAUGUAAUAUAAUAUUAAGCAUGUAUUUAUUUUAUUUAAUUGAUUGUUAUACCCUGUAUGUGUAAACCCACAUGCAUCACAUUUUUUUCAAAACUACACCAACAUUUUAAUUUAGCACAGCUAAUUGUAUAAUUAUAUAUUUUUUGCUUACAUAUGCACCCUGUUCUGAAUAAUUAUGAUGUUAAAGUUUAUGAGUUGUGAAAUGUUUAUGACAUUUGUAAUACAUGUAUAUUGAUUCAGUUGUCAUGUAAACUAAGUUUUGAUGACUUAUUAUUUAUUUUCAUUGACAAGCAAAUGUACCUGAGCCUUGUGUGUCAUAAGACAUAGUUCAGGUAGCUAAUGCAUACAUGUUUUUCUUACACAGCAAGUUAAUACUUGCAUCAUCUAAUUUAAUUAUUUAUUGACAUGGUACAUGUAUCAUUUACAUGUAAAGUACAGAAAGAUAGAUAUAAUUUUAUCUGCAGCACUUCAUAUUAAUGUUAAAUAACUAUAAUUAAUUAUACAGGUGGUAUUUUGUGGAAUUGAAGAAUAUAUUUAAAAAAAAAAAGGUUAACAUUUCAAUGUUGUAGAAAAAUAUAUACUGACAUUAAAUAUUUGCAUUUAAACUUACUAUGUUCAUGUGCAUGUUUAUGCAUUUACUUAACAAUAUGUGUCUUAAUUUAUUUUUAAAAAAUAUGAUGUUAAGGAUAUGGUGGUGGUGUUAUAGAAUUAUUUUAUAUAUAUA